UCUCUCUCUUUUAUGCUAGACCUAAUCGAUGACUUGCAUAUCCCCUGUCUUCAUACUGAUUGUACAUCUCAGUAUUUAACAAAUAUAUUAGAACAUAGUUUCAAAUAGCCAAGUAUUUUAUAGGAAAUUAUUUAAAUAUAACUUUAAAUACUUAAAAUUAUUUGAAAAUAGUACUCCAAUGCAUAUAAAAUAAGUAUUUUAAAUACAAACAUGUAUGCAUUUGAAGCAAGAUCUGCUGACCUCCAACUCCUCCAUGUGUAUGUGUCUACAUCGUAAUUUAGGCUGUAUUCUGUUUUUUUUUUUAAAUAGUAUUAUUAUUAUUCGUGACCAAGUCGUGUGCUUUGCCAGGGGCUGUGGGUAGGAGGGGAGAUGUAGGGGAGGUUUGGGGUAGUCCAGAACGGGCUCUGGUUGGCACACCUCACACAAAGCCACACCACCAAGCCAUAGCCUAGGCUACAACACGCACAUUAGUCAAGGCAAUCUGGAAUAUACGGCGGCGGGCUUUGCGAAGGCUGCGGUUGCAGCAUCCUUCUCGAAUCUAUUUUACCCUGUUGGAGUUCAAUUGUCUUAUUCUGCCUGGCGCUUCGACUAAUUUCUCUUAUCAUGAUAUUUUCCUUAUUUAACACUGACUGAUUGUGACUCUUCUAUCUGCGAGAACAGUUUCUCUCGAUGUGCUACUCAGAUGUACGGGGGAAGAAGACAGAGAAGCUGCCCUUCAAGAAUGUUUAGUCCUAAAAUACCAGAUUUUUGUGACGACAUUUGAAACCGUUGCAUUGCUUUUCUAUGGUGUUUUUCACGAGCACCUGCCUUUGCCCACUAUGAAUUUAUGAGGAUCUGAACAGACUGUAUCAUCUAUCUAAAUGAAUGAAUUCAGCCAUGCAAUGUUCCUGGAAGGCUGUGAUUCUGCUAGCCUUACUGUCCAUAGCGAUCCAGUACACAGCCAUCAGGACAUUCACAGCCAAGCCAUUCCAGAUGUGUCCAGUGACAGCCUCAAACAAUCUGAACUGCGGCAUGCUGUGGCAGGAUGCGGUGGACUCGUCCUUUGACCAGCGGAUCUGUGACGACUUCCUUUACUUCACCUCCAACGUCUCCAGAAAAACACACGUUCUCAUCCUGGCCACGACCCGCAGCGGCAGCUCCUUCGUGGGUCAGCUGUUCAACCAGCACCAGGAUGUGUUUUAUCUGUUUGAGCCGCUCUACCACGUCCAGACCACCUUGCUCCCCCGCCUGUCCCACAGCAGGACAGCAGGCGACACCAGGGUGAUGCUGGGGGCCAGCAGGGACCUGCUCCGGAGCCUCUACGACUGUGACCUUUACUUCCUGGAGAGCUACAUCAAACCCCAGCCGGCCAAUCACAGCACAGACAAGCUGUUCCGGAGGGGAGCAAGUAAGGCUCUUUGCUCCCUGCCCGUCUGCGACGCCUUUAGUCCUGGAGAGUUGAACAUUGAUGAAGGAGAGUGCGUCAGGAGGUGUGGCGGUCUCAACAUGACGCUGGCGUCGGACACCUGCCGUGAGAGGCGCCAUGUGGCCAUCAAGACGGUGAGGAUACCGGAGGUGAGUGACCUCAGGGCUCUGGUGGAGGACCCUAGGCUCAACCUCAAGGUGAUCCAGCUGGUCAGGGACCCCCGAGGGAUCCUGGCCUCCCGCAUCGAGACCUUCAGGGACACCUAUAGACUCUGGAGGAUCUGGAAGGCCACUGGGAGGAGGCCCUACAACCUGGACCUCACCCAGCUCACCAUGGUCUGUGAGGACUUCCUGGGUUCUGUGACAACGGGCCUCAGCAGGCCCCCCUGGCUCAAAGGGAGGUACAUGUUGGUCAGGUAUGAGGACCUGGCCAGGAACCCUCUCCAGAAGACCAAGGAGAUCUAUGAAUACCUGGGUCUGAUCAUGGACAAGAACGUAGGCGACUGGAUCCAGAACAACACCAGGGGAAGCAACGAUCUGUCCGCCAAGCAUAAAUACGGCACUGUUCGGGACUCAGCUGCCAAUGCGGAAAGCUGGAGGCUCAAAUUGUCUUAUGACAUGGUUGAUUACACACAGACUGUGUGUCAGCAAGUUCUACAGGAGCUUGGUUAUAAGACUGUCAGUUCCCCUGAGGAGCUGAAAAAUCUGUCUCUGACUCUCAUCGAGGACAAAACUUUUUUACCUUUUUUGUAGCAAAGCAAGGUCUAUCACGACAACUAUUUUUGAUAUAUUUAUAUUGUUGCCUUAAUUUCUUCUCAGAUUUGCACUAAACCUCAGAAACCUUGAAGACUCCUGUGGUAAGAUUCAAGUCAAGACAUUCAGAAGAGCACAAAAAACAUAAUGUAGGAAUGCUCUUUGGAGAUAUCAGUAUCAAUGUUUUAGCGAUAUCGAAGAGACAGUAAAUAAUGUUAGGUUAAUUGACAUGAACAAACUUACAGUAAAGCACCAUCCUACUUAAGAUCCCUGAAUGCUGGCUGUUGCAUUGACAAAAGCGAAUGUUGAUAUUUGUACAUCAAGGAAACUGGACCUACCUUACAACAUUGUUAGGGAAUGUACCUAAUCAUACCUUACUGAUAAAUGCUGACGUGUGUGUGUGUGUAGGCAUAUGAUAACAACCAUGCAAUAAAAAUGUGAAUGUUGAGG